AAACUUGUAUAAAUACCCCCCCACACAUGCAUCAACUCUCUUCAACCACACCCCCCAUAUUUGCUUCCUCUUUUUCUGUCUCUCGAUCGCUUUCAUCUCCGAAACUCUGCUUCUCUCUCUCUCUCUCUCCAAAAUCACACACACAACACCCACUGACAUCUACGUGUGUGUGUAUAUAUAUAGGGUUGUAUGUAUAGCAUGGCGGAGCUCGACUAUCAAAACAAACCAUGCAACAAUAGCACAGCCAACGGUCGCUUGAAACUCUUCGGCUUCAACAUGAGUACUGAAGAUCAAGAAGAGGUGGAGUCGUCCACCAAAACACCAUCAGAAUCGCCGGAGCGCUGCGGAUUCCCGCCGGCGGAUGGCCGGAAGUAUGAGUGCCAGUACUGCUGCCGAGAGUUCGCCAACUCACAAGCUCUCGGCGGCCAUCAAAACGCUCACAAGAAGGAAAGGCAACAGCUCAAGCGGGCGCAAAUGCAGGCCAGCAGGAACGCCGCCGUAUCAUAUAUGCGUAACCCUAUGGUCUCCGCCUUCGCUCCACCGGCCCACCUCCUCGCAGCCUCCGGCUCCGUCGUCCUUCCUGCUGCGGCCGCUACGUCUCCGUCGUGGGUUUAUGUUCCACGCGCCGCGACGCCCUUCCACGUGUCGCAUGGCUGUGUGUUUCCUGCUUCUAGCAGUGGGAAAGGUGUAGGGAGCUUAUCGUAUGCCAGCGGUGUAGGGGAAUCGAGCUUGACAAGUAUUGGGCCCCAGCAACCCGUCAAAGCCCACAGUGGAAAACUAGAUGGGCCCUCUCUGAGUAGAUUUUCUCGGGCUGAUGACGGGCCCACUUUCGAUGAUGCAUUUGGGCUGGAUCUUCACCUUAGCUUAGCCCCAGCAGCACCGUAAGUUUUUAGACAUCGUAAUUCGUCACAAAUCCGUCGCAAAUUUAUCAACAGUCGGACUUUGUAAAUUUUCAAAUUUAUUUAUUUAUUUUUUUCUCAAGGAAAAUGCACCGUUAUUCUACUAUAUUUUGGUUCCGACU